AAAUAUUGUGUAAGCAGCAAUUUCUGUGAAGGAGCAGCAAACAGAGUAAGCCAAAUUUCAUCUGUUCAAACAACAUACAAUUUGUUACUAGAUUCAGCGUCACCGUCGCCCUUAUUGACUCUCCAUUUUUUCUUCCUCUCUCUCUCUCUCUCUCUCUCUCUCUCUCUCUCUCUCUCUCUCUCUCUCUCUCUCUCUCUCUCUCCUCUAAUCCAUUUAAAUUUAAAGAGCUGCUCUCUCAUUUUUUCUCCGGGGCCUUAGUUUUUCGGUGUUCUUCGUAUGCUCUACAUAUGUAAAUCAUACACACUCGGAAACUCCAGCAAACCCGGAUGAACAAGUCCCCCAAUUGUAGAUAUUGUUAGGGUUGUUUUCUCGGUCUGCAGGUUACUAUCAUGUCUUAUCUAACGGCAAGAACAGGGCGGCAGAGGCAGCGCUACGACGGUCAUUUGAGGCUUGUUUCGGGGUGUAUUCCUUAUAGGUUUGAAAAGAGUGAUGGCAGUUGCAAUGGCAGUAUAGAGCAAAAAUUGCUUGUUCUCAUGAUUUCUUCUCCAAGUCGGGACGAUCUUGUGUUUCCAAAGGGUGGAUGGGAGGAUGACGAAACCAUGAGCGAAGCUGCCUGUCGCGAGGCCUUAGAGGAAGCCGGAGUGAAAGGAGUUCUUGGUGACAAUCCACUGGGAGCUUGGGAGUAUAGAAGCAAGAGCAAACAGAAGAGCUGCAGUCUGCAAGGAGGUUGUAAAGGUUUCAUGUUUGCAAUGGAGGUGACUGAGGAACUUGAUUCCUGGCCCGAGCAGGCUAACUAUGGAAGGAAAUGGCUCACAAUAGAAGAAGCAUUCAGAUCCUGUCGUUAUGACUGGAUGCGAGAAGCGCUACGAAAAUUUACAACACCUCUCUCGGAGACCAGGGAAAAUGACACAAGGAAAGAACUGGAUGAACUUCCUUUGAGGCCAAUCUCAGAAAUUGGAUCAGAACAUCCAAAUCCAAUGUCAUCAUCGUCAACGUCCUUUGCUAAUCAUCCCAGCAUACAGCAGCUUGCAGCUUAAAAAUUCAUGCAGUAAAUGAACUGUAAAGGGUUGAUCAAUGAUCACAAGUCAUAUAAAAAUCCCUUGUACUGAAAUUUCCCGUCUGUAGCAAUUUUCUCUAGUCUUAAAUUGUUAUAUUUUUUCUAGUAAUUAUGUUUAUUUUUUAACUAAGUCUGUUUAGAUUUCCUCAUUUGUACAAGCCUGUAAUCAAAUCAAGAUUUGGUGGAAUGCACAGUUGAGAACCCUUAAAUUAUGUACUUGAAAUUUUGUUUACAAGAAAUGCUGUUUAAUGUU